CAUGGUCAGUUGGUCAGUCGGUUUUGUCGGAGCAACUGUCAUGCAGCUCGACAAUAUAGAAGUUUAUAGUCGAUUUGUACUCUGCCUCUCGGAUCCUCCAAUAUCGCCUAUGAGCCUUAAGCUACCUACACUAAGCAAACUACUAUCAGAGAAGCCAAAUGUAAAUUUUCCGUCAAAGUUAAUGAAAAUUUUAACUCCUCCCGAUAAAAUGGACAUUCAAAUUCAACUGGAGCUUGGCCACCGGGCAGUAGUUCGUAAGAAACCUACUCCUGAGGGUUAUACUCACAACUGGAUACUUUUUGUUAGAGGCGCAAAAGGUAGUCAAAUAGAGCAUUUUGUGGAAGAAGUCGUUUUCCAGCUUCAUGAUAGUUUCCCAAAUUCUCGUCGAGUCGUUCAGAAACCAAAUAACGAUCAACAAUACGAAGUAAAAGAAUCAGGAUAUGCGAGUUUUGACGUACCGAUCGAAAUCUUCUUCAGGAACCCCUUACCACCAAAAUCCAUCAGUUUUACGUAUGAACUAUUCCUCCCUAUUGUUGGAAGUUCAAAACCGGUUAACCAUGUACGAUGCGAAAAACUUACUUUUCAAAACCCUUCUGAAGAGUUUCGCAGAAAAUUAAUUCUAGCCGGAGGGUCAGCAAUUCCAGUUAAUCCAUCCCGGCAAGAAGGCUCAGAUUCUACAAUUUGUGACCUUUUUGGUGAAUCUUUCCGUUCAGAACAUUCAAAGAAGAAAUCAUCUUCAAAGAAAGAAAAAUCAAGUGAUUCUCAUUCUCGUCAUAGAAAAAAGGACAAAGAAAAGGAUAGAGACAGGGAUAAAGAUAAAGAAAAAGAUAGGGAUAAAGAAAGAGAUAAAGAAAAGGAUAAAGAAAAGGAUAAAGAAAAGGAUAAAGACAGGGAUAAAGAGAGAGAUAAAGAAAGGGAUAAAGAUAGGGGUAAAGAACACAAGAAAAGAGUGUCAGAGUCAGGACAUCACGGAAGUAGCGAACCAAAAAAGAAAAAGAAUCACCAUGAAGAUAAAAAAUCACCUGUUGUUAAGUCAUCCCACUCAUCAAAGGCCAGUGGAAAGCAUAGUCAUCAUCAUAACCACCAUCCUAGUACAUCAAAACAAUCUGAUGAACCACCCCAAGCACCAAAUCCUCCAGCAUCAAAACAAACUCCCAAUCACUUAGAUUUAUUAGAGAAAGAUCUGUUAAGUGGUUCAGAUAGUGAUAAUAGUUUAUACAACUUUGAAAAACAGUCACCAAAAACUAAUAAGAGCGUGCCAACUGCCGGUCAAAAGAAAAUGCCACCAAGUUCAAUUCAGACAACAAUACCUAGCGAGCAUAGAGAGCCGAAAGAAAAGAAGCAAAAGUCUCACUCCGAUAAGAAAAGGGAAAAGAAACGUCCCAAAGAAAAGAGAAAUAGCGAAAGUGUGACUCUUCCCUGUCCAAGUUCAGUGGAGAGUGACUCCAGGCAAACAACCACAGUUCCUCAUGUCGUUGACGAAGUUUCCCAAUCUUCAAUAUCUUCGAAUGUUAGUAAUCAGUUAAUAGAACAUCAGGAGGAAACAAAUUCUGAACACUUAAGUCAACUGCUAAAUUUGAAACAAAAAUUAAUGGAAUUACGAGAUGCCGAUAGGCUCACCCAAAUAGUUCGAGUCAUUACUGAAACUGGCCAGUUCGAUUUAACAGAAUCAACAUUUGACUUUGAUCUUUGCGUUCUUGAUAAUCGAGUUUUAAGAAAGUUAUCAUCAGUUAUCGUUUGA